CACUGGCUGUCCUACCAAUAGCGACUGUCAGUAGUAUAACAUGUCCGCAGCUCAUGCGGAUGCCACUCCGGUCGUCCUAGCACAACAAAGAGCUCCAAAAGAAUACAAAGCAGUCGUCGACUUUCUCAGAGGUAAAAAUGGACCUAAAGUUCGUCGAGGUAUAUUACAUGGGAAACGUGUGGAUUACUUCAAGGGUAAAACGGCAGUGAGAACUCUGACUAGUCCGGCUUAUCAGAAAUUAUCAAAAGUGCCAAAGGUUGAGAAUGAGGAGGAAGCCAUGGCACUGAUGGCAAAGGUUUUACCUCACGCAUUCUUCCUCCGUGUCGAUCGACCAGAAAUCGAACCCCCACCCCCAUCCGGUACACCCAAAACCCUAAACCUAGCUCCUCAACAAUCCUUCGACCCUCUCGUCUUUUACGCAUGGUUCUACGACGGUUCUCCCCUCGCCACAUACCUCGGUGGAGCAGCCAUGGUUUUGGUCAUCCUCGCUGGUGUCAUGUUCCCUUUAUGGCCGGUGAAAUUGAGAUUAGGAGUUUGGUAUCUUUCAGUAUUGGCUUUGAUCAUGGUUGGGUUAUUGAUAGCUCUUGCUAUUGUUAGAGGAAUAUUAUUCGUCAUUACUUGGUUUAGUAUGAAGAGAGCUAUUUGGAUAUUCCCGAAUUUGUUUGAGGAUGUUGGGUUUUUCGCAAGCUUCGUCCCUCUCUGGGCAUGGGAUGAACCUAAAAAGAAGAAGAAGCGAGUGAAGAAAGAGAAAUCUCGAGUGGUCGCAGAUACAGACCCUGUCGAUGGCGCAGAAGCGAGCGGAGAACCAGACGCAGACGAUAUAGCCGCCACCUCUACUGCUAUCCAAAGCGCUUCAUUGAUCAAUGGGACGGUCAAAAAUCGACAUGCCGCUACGGUGGAGGAUGAUGAUGAGAUAUGA